ACAACGUUUGGUAUGUGUGAUUGUGUAUGUCGCAUCAGCUAAAAGCUGAGAAAAAACAAUCUCAACUCAACUAUCUCAACAAUCACAACUAAAAGUUGAGAUAUAACAAUCACUCAAAAUGAGUGAUAGUUUCUGUCACAUCACAGAAACAAUCUAUGUAUUGUUUCUGCUAAAAAAAAAAAAAAACGAUGCAUUGUAAACAAUACAUGCAUAAUGACAAUCUCAACAAAACAAUCGCAACUUCUAAACGACCCCUAUGAUUCAAACUUUUAUGCAUGAUGAAAGCUUUCAUUUUGUUAUGUAAACGAAGAAAAGUAAUUCUCAACUCUAUUUACAAGUAAUCUUAUGGAAUAUAAUGAAAAGCAUAUAUCGAAUAAUCUGAUGUAAUAAGGAACGAGCAUUGUGAGAUUGAUGGAAUAGCUAAUUAAGUAUUUAGACACUUUUAUCGAUGAAACUGAUAUAAAAGGGAAAUAAAAUUCUUUUGACCAUCAAGUAAGAAGUAAAAAUAUUAAGAGGAAACCAGGGUUAUAAUAAUUUACCUUUUCAGGAAUUUAUGCAUAACAAAAAUAAAGGGUCUUGGAAAUCAAUACUAAUCCAGCCGGGAAUCAAUUUUUCUGGCAAGCGGGAUGGGAGCUGGAGGCCCAACCCACUGAAACACGAAGGCGGCCUUGGAAAACCAGCGUGUUCGCUGUCUCGUCAUCGCCGAUUCUCCUAGCAGUCGCUCGCUUCUGGCGACUCGAGAGGUUCUCGCACUUUGUCUGUCCUCCAUUCAACUCUCUGGAUUAAGGAGCGGACUGAAUUCUCAGAAAAAAAGGGAUCGGGUAAGAACAAAAUCUCCAGCUAAAGCUCCUUAUGUAGUGCCGAGUACAGAUUCACCCGGUGAGAAUCUUGCACAUCAUUGUCUUCCGAAGUUUACCUGCUUCAUCAAUUUGUUGCCCUCCUCGCUCUAGGGUUUUUGUCUCUAGGGUUUCCGGAAGAAUGUUGCUUUCUGGACUCCGUUGUUAGGGCAUUGAUUUUUAAUGGAUAAUUGUCAUGCUUAUGUUAUUACUUUGUGGUGUCAGAGAAUGGAACUUACUUUCUGCUCCUGAAUCUGCUGUACCAUGAAGUGCGAAUGGUCUUUGCUGAGUAGAUUUAUUUUGGAUUCUGAAUGUCAUAUAGGUGUUGCGAUCAACCUGCAAAGCGGGGUUUAUUUGAGCGAUGAGACGGCAGGGCCAGUAUGCUGAUUCUGGUGGCACUGCUUAUGGUGGUGGUCAGAUGCAGCAGCAUACUUCUAGUCAGAGGGUCGAACAAGGGUCUGAUCAUUUCCAAGGACAACUGGAGGCCUUCACUCCUGAGAGAGAGACGUCUUAUACUUCCUCGAAACCUGAUGGACAGUGGCGAUGGGUGAGGGAUGAAUCAAAGCCGGUAGCAUCUCAGAUGUUCAAUGAAGGUCAAGUGGUUGAUGCAUCAAGGACUUAUAUUCAGGGGAAAAGGCCCGAGUCCCAUGUGGGUCUAGAGCAACAAGGGAACCUUGAUCCUAGAUCUCGAUCACGAGAGGAAGAUAUGCAGAGCUCUUAUGAGGACAAACCACGUUUGCAAACUUUUGAAGGCCUUGAGCAGAAAUUCAUUGAUGACAUCAUGAAAUUAGCCAAGGAGCAGAGUGAUGCUGAGGAUGCAGAGAUUUCCAGACACAGAGAGAAAAUAAAAUCCAUAAACGACCGGCAUCAGGAACAACUAUCAGCACUUCGAGCUAGGCACGCAAGUCGAAGAGAAGAACUGCUUCGGAAGGAGUCACAAGUACGACAACACCGAUAUCAGCAGGCAAUGAUGGAUCAUUACCCAAACAACAGCAACAGCAUGGCUCCUGGAGAAUCCCUUGGCUAUAGCGCUUCACGUGCAGGCUCAGCAUCUAUCAAUGAAGCUCAGCAAGCUAAUUAUAGCGGAAGCCCUUUCGACUCUUACCAGGAGAAGGCUCGUUUCCUCGGUAAUAACGCAAGGGAUCAAGGAUACGGGACCAGAGGCCAAUACCCUGCAGGGGGACGUGUGUAUGAUUCAGGCACACGCUACUAUUGAUCGGUUCACUUCAUCAUCUCAUCCGUGGUGCCAGGUUAAAAUAUAGCCUUCACUUUGUAGGCUGCUUAUAUGCUAACAUAUCUAUGUUACUCUUGCUAGCUACUUUCCCCCCCUGGCUUCUGUCCUUAUGGCAUUGUUGCCCUCUUGCCGUUUCAUUGUGUUAUUAUCUGACCUUAAACUCCACUUAUGAAACCCAGUUUAGUGAAAGAAAAAAAACCAAAAUAAAUUAGUUUGUUAAUU